GGUUGUUCCUUCCAGCCUCCUUCAGCUUCUUUCCAAUUCCCCCUUUUUUGUGGCUCCAGAAUCCUUCGUUUUGUCAUUUUGACUUUUUCAAAAAGAAAGAAGAAGCCUUUUCACUGAACCUUGGCCCUCUCGUCUUUGGCAGAGGUUGAUGUAAACAGCCGCGCCGGGCCAAGAAAGGAUCUGGCUCUGUAUUUGUUUAUUUCCUUGCUUAGCUUCCACCACCUCGAGGGAUCGGCACAGCUCUGGCGGGGAUCUCAACGCUGCAAGGAGCCACGGAGGUCUUCGAAUCUGACCUGGGAGACACGGGCUGGGGAAUGUCCAGCAUUUGUCCUAGGAUCGCGCCCACUGCUUCUGCUGGAUCUUCCACACCCAGUCCUGAUUUAAAGACAUCAAGAGAGGGGCAAUCCACCCUGUCCUUAGAGGGGAGAGUGAAGGCCUGGCCUCCCUCCAGCCUCCGAGGGGCGGACAAUCACAGCUUGUGUCCGCAUGAAUGCUGCAUUGAGAGGUGCGGGGGGAGAAAAACCCGUGAAGCUUUAAAAAGUGCGUCCAAAAAAGAGAUCUCGGAGGUUGGUUCUUCUUGGUGGAGCUGCGGGGACGCAUCAUGCCAAUGCUGAGACAGCUGCUGCUCCUUCCCUUUGCUCUCCUAAUGUGCCUGGAACCUCUACCCAACACCGGGCACCCCCGUACUCCAGAGCUCACCAUGGCCAGUUUCUCCAUCCGCUCCACCAUUGUGUCCCGCUAUGCCUCCACCCGUGUUCGGACUGACCUGAGCAACCCCCACGCCGAGCCCAAGGAAGCCAUCUUCGACCUAGACCUGCCCGGCUCGGCCUUCAUCUCCAACUUCACCAUAGCCAUCAACAAUAAACUCUAUGUGGCUGAGGUGAAAGAGAAGCAUCAAGCCAAGAAGAUGUACGACGAGGCCCGGAGACAGGGCCAGACCGCGGCUCAUGUUGGCACGAGGGACCGGGAGACAGAGAAGUUCCGGGUCUCCGCCAGCGUGGCGGCCGGCAGCCAGGUGUCCUUCGAGCUGAGCUACGAGGAGCUGCUGCAGCGGCAUCUGGGCAAGUACCAGCACGCCGUGAGUGUGCGUCCCCAGCAGGUGGUGGGGAACCUCACCGUGGAGGUGAGCAUCUCGGAGCGCACCGGCAUCGACUACGUCCACGUGCUGCCCCUCCGCACCAGCCGCCUGCUCACCAACACCUUGCGAGGGGACGCCGAUGUGCCGCCAUCCACCCGGGUGGAGAAGGGGAGCCACUGCGCCUGGGUUGUCUUCACCCCCACCCCACAGGAACAGGUGGCUUUCUCCAGCUCAGGCAUCCUGGGGGACUUCGUGGUGCAGUACGACGUGGCCAUGCCAGAUGUGGCUGGGGACGUGCAGAUCUACAACGGCUACUUCGUUCACUACUUCGCUCCCCGUGGCCUGCCCCCCAUGCAGAAGAAUGUGGUGUUUGUCAUCGACAUCAGCGGCUCCAUGCAUGGCACCAAGAUGAAGCAGACCAAGAAGGCCAUGCACAUCAUCCUGAGCGACCUCCACCCGGACGACUGCUUCAACAUCAUCACCUUCUCCGACACCGUCCACGUGUGGAAGGCCGGGCGCUCCAUCCCGGCCACGGCCCACAAUGUCCGCACCGCCAAGGACUACGUCCACAGAAUGGAAGCUGAUGGAUGGACCGACAUCAACAAAGCCCUGUUGGAGGCCGCCUCGGUGCUGAUCCAGAGCUCGCCGGAGCCAUCCCCCCGGCAGAUCCCAUUGCUCAUCUUCCUGACGGACGGGGAGCCCACGGCGGGCGUGACCUCAGGCACUCGCAUCCUGGCCAAUGCCCGGCAGGCGCUGGGCGGCUCCGUCUCCCUGUUUGGCCUGGCCUUUGGGGACGAUGCUGACUAUGGGCUGCUGCGGCGCCUGGCGCUGGAGAACCGGGGCAUCGCCCGGCGCAUCUAUGAGGACGCCGAUGCCGCCCUGCAGCUCGCCGGCUUCUACGACGAGAUCGCUAGCCCACUGCUGUCCGACGUGGCCCUCUCCUACCGCGACGGCGCAGACCUCACCCGCACGCUCUUCCCCCACUACUUCCGGGGCGCUGAGCUGGUGGUGGCCGGACGGCUGGCCCCGGGGGCCACUGAGCUGCACGUCCAGGCUGCAGGCCAUGGGCACGUCGGGCCGCUGAGCCUGGAGAACGAUAUCUCGGCCAACGCCACGGAGGCCGCCCCGUUCGGCUGCUCUCCAGACCUGGGGCAGAUCGGGCAAUUCGUCCAGCGCCUCUGGGCCUACUUCACCAUCCAGGAGCAGCUCCGGGCCCGGUUCCACUCCAACGACACUGCUGCGCGCUGGCUGCUCACUGAAAAGGCCACCAACCUCUCACUGAAGUAUAACUUUGUCACGCCCGUCACCUCACUGGUGGUGGUCAAGCCAGAAGAGGAGGAGGAGAGUGCCACGGCUCGGGCCACGCCAGGGGCUCCUGUUACACCCCUGGCCACCAUGGCGGCCCACCGUGCCAGCAAAGCUUCCAGAGUCAUGCCCGCUCUGGGGGCCACAUCCACCUUGCUGCCUGGGAGUGGCACCAAAGCUGCCGCAGGCCUCCCCAACCUAGCCAGAGCCUUGCCCGUCCCAGGAGCACCUGCCACGUCCCAGGGCGCCUCCAAACUAGCCCGAGCCACACCGGCACCUGGCACGGCCACGCCAGCUCCUCCCACAGCCCACGGUGUCACCAAGGCAGCCAGAGCCACACCCGGAAAAACACCCAAAGCUGGGAACCCCAGGGCCACAGCUCAUCUGCCGCCGAGCCCAGGAUCAGCCACGGCACCCCCUUCCGGCCAGCAGGAGAUGCCCCCGCAACCGGCCACCAAGCGCCAGCCACAUCUCAGAACAGAGAGGGCCCCCUUCUCAUGGGGCACAGCGGCUCCCACGGUCCGGACUAUCACAGACGCCUGGACUGGCAACAGCACGGCUGCCCCCCACCACAGGGUGGAGUCCGAGGGCUCCCGGGGCACGCCGGCCGCUGUGGGAUCCAUCCCACCUGCCGCCGACCUCAGCCAGUGGCUGCUGCUGUUGCCGCCAGCAGAGUCAGAACUGCUGUCGGCAAAGGACACGGCCGAGGAAUCCGUGGAGUCCCGCCAACCGCCGGCCGUGUACAGCUUUGUGGUGGCCAAAGGAGAGAAGGGUGUCCUGGAUUAUGAAGACUACUCAGACCUGUCAGAGAAACAGGACGGUGACACAGAUGGCAUGGCAGACCUGGCUGGUGCCAGAUUCUUCACUUUCUCCUCCUCAGUGGAUGGAGACCCUCAUUUCGUGGCACGACUGCCCGGCUCCGCUGAGACGCUGUGCUUUACGCUGGAUGGGCACCCAGGAGACGUGCUCCAGCUGGUGACAGACCCCCCCAGCGGCCUGUCAGUCCACGGCCACCUGGUUGGCGCCCCGCCACGGCCGGGCACGGCGGAUCGGCCACGCACCUACUUCGACGCCAUCACCGUACUGGUGGGGCCUCCCCCGCUCCACUACAUGAUCACCGUGACGCUCCAGGGCGUGGCGCUGCAGGGGGAGGGGGCCCUGGAUCUGCCCUUCGGCCGCCCGGCUUGGGUCAGCCGCCCCGGGCUGGGGGUGCAGGUGGGGCCGGGCGCCAACGCGACGCUGCGGCUGGGCGCCGGGCUGGAGUUCGUGGUCCAGCGCCAUCGGUACAGCCACCCCAGCCGCCUGCAGAGAGACCACCUGGGCUUCUACGUGCUGGACGGCAGCGGGCUCUCGGCCCAGGCCCACGGGCUGCUGGGUCAGUUCCAGAACGCGGCCAUCCGACUGCAGCCGGGCGCCGGGGAGCAGCCGGCCCGGCUACAGAGGGGCGGGGCCACGGUGCCGGCCACACGGGUCACCAAGCUGCUGAAGGACUCGCCCCUGCCGGCCCACCAGGCCCCCUGCUGGCUGGUGAAGGGCGGCGACGUGCAGGCCCUGCUGGGCGGGGCCUACGGCGCCUUCGUGGUCCCCCAUCCACUGGAGGCGUGAGGCCAGGGGGCGUGGCCUGGGCAGGGUGGGGGCCGCCCCGUGUCCUGCUGCUGAGACUGACCCUGCAGCCGGGCAGGACACAGCCGCCUGGGCCCUGGUCAUGGCCACGGCUUGUGGAUUUAAGGUGGAAUCCUCCCUCUCCCCCCUCCAAUCGUGGAUUUAAGGUGGAAUUGCCCCUCCCCACCUCCAAUCGUGGAUUUAAGGUGGAAUCCUCCUUCCGCCCACCCCUUCGGAUCAUGGAUUUAAGGUGGAAUCCUCCUUCUCCCUGUUUCCUGCAGUUUGUGGAGUUCACAGGGAAUUCUCCUUCCCCACCACGUGGAUUAAAGGUGGAAUCCUCCCUACCUGCCAUGGACUGUGGAUUGAAGGUGGAAGCUCCCCCUGCCCAAAACACUUGCUGAAUCAAGGUGGAUCCCACCUCUCCAUUAAUGAACAUGAGUCCUUAAAUUAAGCUGGAUUUCCUUCCCCAGUGCCAUGUGGUGAUUUAAGGUGGAAUGGAUACGGGUUUUUGAUGUAACGUGGAUUUUUCUCCCAUGUAA